AUGAUCAACCCGGAUCAUUCAAUCACCUUCGCGAAUCUCGCGUCGGUAAAUUUUACACUACUCGAACACACAUACCCGACCGCGCCAGAUGUAAAGAUGAGACAAGAUAUCACCAGCAAUACGCUCGAGAUGAAAAACGGCGAACAAGUCAUGUCAUGGAACAAGGGGUGCUAUUUCGGCAAGAGUGGGCAAGAUGACGUGGCACUCUGUUGGCAGGAUAUGGAGGCACUGCAGUCAUUCUGCGUCGGCAUCGAGUCGCCUGAAAGAGGGUUCUUUAAACCCAUCCAGUCACACUACAAGACGAAGCACAACGACGGCACCACAAAUUCGCCUUGGAUGUUCCCAUCAAACGAUCCCGCUGUUGGCUACACAUAUCCCAAUACUCUGAAUUAUCACAUCACGGUAUCAAGUAUAUCGUUGAAGGAUCAACUGCACUUGAAUGUCACGAUCGUGGACAAAUCUGCGGCGCCAAGGGCCGACGAAAAGAAAUGA